CGACUAUCGAUCUGUUGCCAUUUCGGCUCUACGCUAUUGCUGAGUUGUUGCGCUAUACUAGGGUUCUCCAUGCUCCGCGGCUCCUGGGCUUUCUUGGGUGAGGUACCGACGAUUCUCAUAGCCGCGAUAGCCCUCAUGCAGGUUGAUGCUUGGCGGAACGCAGCCCACUGUCAAAUAGCAAUCCGCACAGCCAUCGUCACUUGCUCACGGCAUGGAAACAAGUUUCCCUUGCUCUCGUGUGGCUACCGAAGCGAUGGAGGCACAGCGCCCGGCGAAGCCCACCCGCAGGACGGCAAUGCCAUUAACCAUCCCAAACCAAUGACGACAAUGCGGAAUCUCCAAAAUGCUGCUGCUGCUGCUGCUGCUGCUGCGGCCGAGCCGAGCCGGAAGCGAGAUGUCUCACGUCGGCGAAAACAUACUGCACAUCACCGUCAACUGGAUACACCCGUGGUCCAUGUCAUUCUAACUCUUGCAUUCUUGGCGGACGGCAAUCGGAUUGCGCCAGUUGAGCCAUCCCUGACUCCCUGA